GUCGUUUUGCGUUGUCACGUGAUCCCCAUCCGCAAUAAACGCAAUCCAUCAGCAGCGGGUACGGUGGCUGUCAAGCAUCUGUCGCAUUCGCACUCUCUUGGCUCAGGGAUGUCUGUGACAAGCCCGUGACCGACUUCACUGGAAGCAGUUGGUCGUCAGAGCAAGUCGACAUGAUGUACUCGUUGGCAGCAGUCGGCUGCCUGUUGCUCGUUGGUGUUGCCGGCUGGCGAGUGCCUCCCUCUCACAGACAGCAAAACCUGCUGCCAUGGGAGGAUACCAGAUGGGAGAUUGCCAAUAAGAGUCUGCUGGGCCAAGUGGCAGGCGUUGCUGUCAACAGCCAGGGCCAGCUGUACGUCUUUCACCGGGGCCCUGUCAUCUGGGAUGAAACGUCAUUCACAGCCGGCCAUGUGUACCGACACCAGAAUGCCGUCAUCAAGGAGCCUACCAUCUGCGUGGUGGACCCAUACUCGGGUGCCCUGAUUCAUCACUGGGGCCAGAACAUGUUCUACAUGCCACACAGCAUUCACGUCGACGCCGAUGACCAUGUGUGGACAACAGACGUGGCAUUGCAUCAGGUUUUCAGGUUCAGUUCGUCGGGACCUCCGCUGGCAUUGGGUCAUGCCUUCGAGCCAGGCAGUGGUCGAAACCACUUCUGCAAGCCGACGGGUGUUGCGUUGGGUCCGUCGGGACGUAUCUUUGUCAGCGAUGGCUACUGCAACCACCGCAUUGCCGUAUUCAACCGAGACGGCACCCACCUGACCGAUAUUGGACUCCAAGAACGCAUGCUGGUGCCACAUGGCCUGACAUACGUGCCCACCAUGAACGUGGUGUGCGUGGCCGACCGGGAGCGGCGCCGGGUGCUUUGCUACUGGGCGGGGGCACGAGGCCCACGGGCGGGUCGUGACCUGGGCGACCUGGUGCUGGCCUUUGGGGAACACCUGCAACGUGUGUACGACGUUGCUGCCAGAGGUCACACCCUGUACGGCAUACAGUCCUUGGCCCCCAACCAGUCGUCGGCAUUCCAACUAGAGCUUGAGCCAAGUGCCAGACCAGAGCGCUUCACUCCAGAAUCUGUGCCAAUGGUUCAGCCGCACGCCAUCACACUCUCUCCAGAUGGUCAGUCGCUUUAUGUGGCCGAUCUGGACAGCCCGCGUAAGGUGUUCAAGUUCCGUCUCUGAGCUCCCACGGGCCAACUGCUACGCCUAACAUAUUCUAUACCAGCCAGGGGCCAUCUCCAUCCCAAUUGGACGUAGAGAACUGUAGCGUCGCAACACAGCCGUGAGCUCACGGCUUCGUAGCAGUGUUUCGCAUCUGCCAUCAGUGAGCCGGUGAUUAUCAAGCCGAAGCGGUAAAGUACCACCUAUAUUGUACGAAAGGCUUCGCUUGUUUUCCCAUUUAAGAGCUAUCUUGUAAAGCAAAAGUUAACAUUUAUAUUCUACUCAACAGUUUUAACAGCUCUAUGUAUGGUUGUAUCGUUCGAACAAACUGUGAUCGCAUAUUCCCUUUUGCCAUCCACGAGUACCAGUGGCACACCUAAGUAUUUACUUAGUAUACAGUCCUACCUCGAUAUAAUAUACCUGGAUGUAAUGAAUUCUCUGACGAAACAACGUAAAUGUGGAACCCCUUUUGCCGAUGUCGGCACGUAACAAAUAUACAAUGCAACAAACGUAGUGUUUCGGUGUUUGACGCGACUUUGUCGCGAGGAGGUUUGACUCUAGAUUUCCAGUCACUUGUACUAACAGAUUUUAUUUUAUUUCUACUUUUUUUUAUGAAAGAUCAGCCAAGCUAUUAAUUGUUUGUCCACAGAGCUUUCAGGCUUGGGUUCACAAGCGAAGGAAGUGAUAGCCCAGAGCCAAUGUUUCUAAAGCAGGGACAGUUUUUCACAAAUCAUUCUCAGUGGUACAAUCACCCUUGCGAGGUUUUGCAUGGCUCAGCUCUGGAUGUAAUAAAGAGUACUGCCAACGACAUUUCAGAGGCAGUGCGAAGACAGUGAGCUUGACUCAGUACCAAGAAAACUCUGGGCCAUCUACACUGACGCAUUUCUGCCGAGUCACGCAAGAGUGACCGUACAUGCCGUAUUUACACGAUUGUAGGUCGACCCAUUUUCAUUUAAAUAUAAAUUCCGAAGUUGGGGGGUCGACUUACAAUCGAUACCGAAACUACUUUCGGUUGUAAGGUCGAUUUACAAUCGAAACAAACGAAAAAAUUAGGCACG